AUGGCUUUGCUGUGUGGCCUUGGGCAAGUCACUCUCCGUCUCUGGGCCCCACUUCCUCCACAAUCCGAAAACAAAAUUGGGUUCCUAGCUGCCGGGGCAUUCUUGAGGAGCGGCGGCAUGGAGGCUCUCACCACUCAGCUGGGGCCGGGGCGCGAGGGCAACUCCUCACCCAAUUCGAAGCAGGAGCUGCAACCCUACUCGGGCUCCAGCGCUCUCAAACCCAACCAGGUGGGCGAGACGUCGCUGUACGGGGUGCCUAUCGUGUCUCUGGUCAUCGACGGCCAGGAGCGCCUUUGCCUGGCGCAGAUCUCCAACACUCUCCUCAAGAACUACAGCUACAAUGAGAUCCACAACCGCCGGGUGGCCCUGGGCAUCACGUGCGUGCAGUGCACGCCAGUGCAGCUGGAGAUUCUGCGUCGGGCCGGGGCCAUGCCGAUCUCCUCGCGCCGCUGCGGUAUGAUCACGAAGCGCGAGGCCGAACGCCUGUGCAAGUCGUUCCUGGGAGAGCAUAAGCCACCCAAGCUGCCCGAGAACUUCGCCUUCGAUGUGGUGCACGAGUGCGCGUGGGGCUCGCGUGGCAGCUUCAUCCCCGCGCGUUACAACAGCUCGCGUGCCAAGUGCAUCAAGUGCGGCUACUGCAGCAUGUACUUCUCGCCCAACAAGUUCAUCUUCCACUCGCACCGCACACCCGACGCCAAGUACACGCAGCCCGACGCCGCCAACUUCAACUCGUGGCGCCGUCAUCUCAAACUCAGUGACAAGUCGGCCACAGACGAACUGAGCCACGCUUGGGAGGACGUCAAGGCCAUGUUCAACGGAGGCACCCGCAAGCGGACUUUCUCGCUGCAAGGAGGCGGCGGCAGCGCUAAUGGCGGGUCGGGUGGGCAGGGGAAGGGUGGUGCUGGCGCCGGGGGCGGCCCGGGGUGCGCGGCAGAGAUGGCCCCAGGCCCGCCGCCCCACAAAACCCUGCGCUGUGGCGAAGACGAGGCCACCGGGCCUCCUGGGCCGCCUCCUCCCCAUCCGCAGCGGGGACUUGGUCUAGCGGCGGGAGCCGGCGGCCCGCCUGGCCCUGGAGGGCCUGGUGGCGGCGCCGGCGUACGCAGCUACCCAGUGAUCCCUGUGCCCAGCAAGGGCUUUGGCCUCUUGCAGAAACUGCCCCCGCCGCUUUUCCCUCAUCCCUAUGGCUUCCCCACGGCCUUCGGCCUCUGCCCCAAAAAGGACGACCCGGUGCUAGGCGCGGGCGAGCCCAAGGGAGGCCCAGGCACCGGGAGCGGCGCGGGCGCGGGCCCUGGCGGAGGCGCGGGCGGGCCAGGAUCCGGCCACUUGCCCCCUGGGUCAGGCCCUGGCCCGGGUGGCGGCGCCAUGUUCUGGGGUCACCAGCCCUCUGGGGCAGCCAAGGACGCAGCGGCCGUGGCUGCAGCGGCCGCCGCCGCCACCGUGUACCCGACGUUUCCCAUGUUCUGGCCGGCGGCAGGCAGCCUCCCGGUGCCGCCCUAUCCAGCUGCGCAGAGCCAAGCCAAGGCCGUGGCGGCCGCCGUGGCGGCGGCAGCGGCGGCGGCGGCGGCGGCUGCCGGCAGCGGCGGCCCUGAGUCGCUGGACGGUGCCGAGCCGGCCAAGGAGGGCGGCCUGGGCGCAGAGGAGCGCUGUCCUAGCGCGCUGUCCCGCGGGCCGCUGGACGAGGAAGGCGCUGACGAGGCGCUGCCGCCGCCUCUGGCCCCACUGCCCCCGCCACCUCCGCCCGCCCGCAAAGGCUCCUAUGUGUCGGCCUUCCGACCUGUGGUCAAGGACGCCGAGAGCAUCGCCAAGCUCUACGGUAGCGCCCGCGACGCGUACGGCGCCGGGCCUGCUCGGGGGCCGGGGCCGGGCGCGGGGGCCGGCGGCGGUUACGUGAGCCCAGACUUUCUGAGCGAGGGCAGCUCCAGCUACCACUCCGCCUCGCCCGACGUGGACACUGCUGACGAGCCCGAGGUGGACGUGGAGUCCAACCGCUUCCCCGACGAUGAGUGCGCUCCAGACGACGCCGAGCCGGGCGUACCCAGUGCGCCCAGCACGGGAGGCGGCCCGGACGCCGACCAGCCCGUAGGGCCCCCGUCUACCACCUCCUCGGGCGCCGACGGUCCCACAGACUCCCCAGACAGCGGCAGCCCCCGUCCCCGGCGCCGCCCAGGGCUGCCAGCAGCCAGCCGGUCAACAUUUGGGGACCUGGCGGCCGACGACGUGGUGCGGAGACCUGAGAGGAGCCCGCCGAGCAGCGGCUAUGAGCUGCGAGAGCCUUGCGGGCCGCUGGGGGGCCCCGCGCCGGCCAAGGUGUACGCGCCAGAGCGGGACGAGCAUGUGAAGAGCGCGGCGGCGCUGGGGCCCGCGGCCUCCUACCUCUGCACCCCCGAGGCCCACGAACCAGAUAAGGAAGACAAUCACUCGACCGCCGACGAUUUGGAAACGAGGAAAUCCUAUCCAGACCAAAGGAGUAUCUCCCAACCAAGUCCCGCAAAUACAGACCGAGGUGAAGAUGGGCUCACCCUGGAUAUCACAGGAACUCAGCUAGUGGAGAAAGAUAUCGAGAACCUGGCCAGAGACGAAUUGCAAAAACUGCUCCUGGAGCAAAUGGAGCUCCGCAAGAAACUGGAGCGAGAAUUUCAGAGUCUCAAAGAUAAUUUUCAGGAUCAAAUGAAGAGGGAAUUGGCUUAUCGAGAAGAAAUGGUGCAACAGCUGCAAAUUGUCAGAGACACUCUGUGUAACGAACUCGACCAAGAGCGGAAGGCGCGCUAUGCCAUCCAGCAGAAAUUAAAAGAAGCCCACGACGCCCUGCACCACUUCUCCUGCAAGAUGCUGACGCCCCGCCAUUGCACUGGCAACUGCUCCUUCAAGCCCCCGCUCUUGCCCUAG